AUGAGCAACGAGGCAUAUAUUGGCAAAACAAAAAUGGCACUCUAUUCUUCUAUGCGUGCACAUUUGGCGCUACUACUUUGCUUCUGCGUGCUUUUAUCGGGAGUAAAUGGAGGAUCUCGCAAGACUUAUAUUGUAUAUCUAGGCGACGUGAAACAUGAGCACCCGAACGAUGUAAUCGCUUCGCACCAUGACAUGCUCACCGCUGUUCUUGGAAGCAAGGAAGAUACUCUGGACUCCAUCAUCCACAACUACAAGCAUGGCUUCUCGGGCUUCGCAGCACUGCUUACUGAAGAGCAAGCUAAGCAGCUUGCAGAGUUUCCAAAAGUCAUCAGUGUGGAACCAAGCAGAAGUUACACGACGACGACCACUCGAAGCUGGGAUUUUCUUGGUCUGAACUACCAAAUGCCCAGUGAGCUUCUCCAUAGAAGCAACUACGGGGAGGACAUAAUCAUCGGGGUUAUUGACACCGGUAUCUGGCCAGAGUCAAGGAGCUUCAGCGACGAAGGGUACGGGCCUGUACCGUCACGGUGGAAAGGCGUGUGCCAAGUCGGAGAGGGCUGGGGCAGCAACAACUGCAGCCGCAAGAUCAUCGGCGCGCGCUUCUACAGCGCGGGCGUGGCCGAGGAAGAUCUUGAGAUCGACUACCUGUCGCCUCGGGGCGCCAGCGGCCACGGCACACACACGGCGUCCACCGCGGCAGGGUCCGUCGUGGAGGCGGUCAGCUUCUACGGCCUUGCCGCGGGCACGGCACGCGGCGGCGCGCCCAGGGCCCGCAUCGCGGUGUACAAGGCCUUAUGGGGCCGUGGGGCUGGCACGGGCAAUACCGCCACUUUGCUCGCGGCCAUCGACGACGCCAUCCACGACGGGGUAGACGUCCUGUCACUCUCCCUCGUCGGCGUUGAGAACACAUUCGGCGCCCUGCACGCCGUCCAGAAGGGGAUCGCCGUCGUGUACGCCGCGGGGAACUCUGGGCCGGCGUCGCAGACAGUCCGGAACACUGCUCCCUGGGUCCUCACCGUGGCGGCGAGCCAGAUUGAUCGUUCGUUCCCGACCACUGUAACGCUGGGAAACAAGCAACAGAUCGUGGGUCAAUCCCUGUACUACUAUGGGAAGAACUCGACGGGAAGCAGUUUCAAACCUCUUGUACAUGGAGGCUUAUGCACCGCCGACUCUUUGAACGGCACGGAAGUGAGAGGCCGAGUUGUGCUCUGUGCAUCCGACAUUGAAUCACCGCUUGCGCCUUUCCUAGACGCGUUAACAAACGUCCUGGACGCCGGGGCCUCUGGUCUUAUCUUUGGUGAAUACACCAAGCAUAUAAUCGAUGCCACAGCUGAUUGUAGAGGCAUUGCAUGUGUUCUUGUGGACUCGACCACCGCCCUUCAAAUCGACAGAUACAUGUCGGAUGCAAGCUCUCCUGUGGCCAUGAUCGAACCAGCGCGCACCAUUACUGGUAAGGAGGCACUGGCCCCAACCAUCGCAGAACUUUCCUCAAGAGGUCCAUCCAUCGAGUACCCUGAAGUAAUCAAGCCUGACAUCGCAGCACCUGGAGCCAGCAUCUUAGCAGCGGUGAAAGAUGCAUAUGGAUUUAAAUCAGGGACAUCGAUGGCAACACCACACGUGUCAGGCAUCGUAGCACUGCUGAAAGCAUUGCACCCAAAUUGGUCCCCGGCUGCACUGAAAUCAGCCAUCAUGACAACAGCAUCUGUAACUGAUGAACGUGGAAUGCCAAUACUGGCACAGGGAUUGCCCAGAAAGAUCGCUGACCCGUUCGACUACGGAGCAGGGCACAUAAACCCGAACAGGGCAGCUGAUCCUGGUCUCAUUUACGACAUUGAACCUAAUGACUACAACAAGUUCUUCAGGUGCAGCUUCAGGAAACCCAUACAGCGAUGCAACGCGACAACGUUGCCUGGGUAUCACUUGAACCUGCCAUCCAUCUCCAUUCCAGAUCUGAGGCGGCCGAUCAUUGUAUCGAGAACAGUCACAAAUGUAGGCGAGGCUGAUGCAGUCUACCACGCUGCAAUAGAGAGCCCAGCUGGAGUCAAGAUCGAUGUUGAGCCGUCUGUUCUUGUGUUCAACGCGACAAACAAAGUUGCCACGUUUCAGGUGAACUUAUCGCCUCUCUGGAGGUUACAAGGGGACUACACGUUUGGUAGCCUUACUUGGUACAACGGCCCAAAGACGGUGCGGAUUCCAAUAGCAGUCCGAAUGACAGUUUAUGAUUUCUAUGCAGAUGUUGCAUAAAUAUGUUGAAACAUAGAGGAUGUAUUGUUGGGUUAUUUUCGUUUCUGAAGGGAAUAAAGAAGUGUUUUUAGAAAAUUUCACUGUCGUUUUAGUUGUUUUUUUUGUUUUCUUUAUUAAAUGUAGCCAAACAACAUCACUAUUGCAUGGGCAAAACCUACUUGUGCAAAAUAUACAACUAGUGAAGUGUCUGUGCGUUGCUAUGGAGACCAUAUAAACAUGUGUGUUUUAUU